UCUGUAGAGCGGCGGCUGAUAAGAGCUGCGCGUGCGCAGUGGUGACUUGCAGCUUCCUGUCUUCACGUGAUCUGCUGCAUCGUAGCGGCUGACCCGAGAGAACCGAACCGAACACUUUAGUACCUGUACAAUCCGGCGGACCACGACCUCCGUCACAUUUCCAUCGGUAACUGCUGCUCGAGGCUGUUGAGGAUGUUUUCACUCGGCGAGACGGUGGAGUUCCUGAUCGGAAACCCCUUUUCAACGCCCGUAGGACAGAGAAUCGUCAUGGGCUGAUGCGUUUCGCACCAACCCCUCCCUGUCAGGGGUGGUGUACGUCUACGAUGACUUGAGAAGGCGGGGUCUGGAGUUCCCCAUGACCGACCUGGAUGCUCUGUCCCCCAUCCACACUCCAAACAGGAGUAUUCCUGAGAACGACACCUGUGAGGUAAACCCCGCCCCCACGCCUCCAUCACAGCCCCAGGCUCCGGCUAUUGACCACAGUCAGAAUAGCUCUCCUCCAGUCCAGCCCAGUGAUGGACCAGUCUCGCUGUCUCCAGAACAGGAGCAGAAGCUGCGGAGUGACCUAGCGCUGGUGAAAGCAAACCUCACUGUGAUGUCUGCGAUACUGAAUGAGCUGACAGCGGGUCACAGCAAGCCAGAUGACAUCCAGCUUCUACAGCAGCUCUUCGCGGUGUGUAAGAAGAUGCAGGUCCGAGUGGUGGAGCUCAUCCCGCAGCUGCUGGAUGAAGGAUUCAUUGAAGAGCUGCUGAUUAUCAACGACGACCUAAACAAUGCUUUCAUCCGUUAUGAGAGGUUCGACAGGCUGAACAAAGCUCAAGUUACAAAUUCACAACAGAGCUCUGCUGAGAGUCCGAGCCUACUCGACCUCAGCCCCCAGCCUUCAGCCAACAAACAGCCGGCUGUCAUCGCAACAACCAGCCAACCAGCAGACUGCUCCCAGAGCAGCUCCCAGCAGGCAGCCGGUCACCAAGAAGAGGAGGAGUUUGACAUGUUUGCUCAAACCAGGAGCAGCUCUUUGGCUGAGCAGAGAAAAAGUGUCAGGUAUGAGGACCCCGGAGCCGUGGAGGGGCUGGCAGAAGCUCUGGACUCAAGGUUGCAGGUCACAGCAGGGGCGCAACCAGCAAACAACGGCCUUCAGAGCGACAUUGACAGAUGGUUGGCGUGCGACAUGGAGGAUCAGUCCUCGGUCAGUGAAGGAGUGUCCAGUGAAGAGUUCGAUAAGUUUCUGGAGGACCGGGUGAAAGCAGUGGAGCGCAGCGGCCAGACGCUUUGCAGCGUGCCGGCCUCCACAGCCAGGCCGCCGCCGAGCAGCGCCCAGCAGCAGGGCACGCCACAUGACCAGCUGUUUUCGCUCUGAGUGUGGAACAAGAACAACGCUUCAGAAAAAGUCUCAAAUUUACAAAUCUCCUCAGAAGGAAUCAGCCACUGUUCUGACUGAAAAUGCUGUAUUUCUUUUCUUUAGAUUGUUUGUCUUAAUGUACAUAUGAACAACCUUCUGUUACUGUAUUUAUCAUAGAUUAUUAUUACUAUUACAUUGUGAACAAAAACUGUUUACAGUUUAAGUGAUGUAUAAUGACGAAGAAAAUAUCUUUGACCAUCAUGUGCCUUUGAACCAAAAUGCUGAUUUCCUAUAAAUGAGAAUAAAUGGGGAUUUGUUCCUCAAUCCGCUGCU